AUGGACAGUCGUGAUCGGCAUCACCCUUACGACGACGGUGAGCUGAAAGUGACGCUGGAGACAUCGGACGACGACGAUGAACACGGCUAUCACACACCGAAAAACAUCUUCAACGCUGAAAUGUCGAGACUGUCACAACUACAACUCGCAUGCACAACAUUCCCGUCACCUCCGUUGCCUAUGGGAAAAAGUGGACCAAAACCUGAUGACGAUGAGAAUCCCUAUUCUACGAUAAAGAAAUGCCCACAAAGAUCGUCGAUGAUAAAAAAUCUCGAAUCACUGAUACAAAUGAACGCCACAACGGUACAACAGAAGAAAAGUCCGAUGUUCUACCGUGAGUUGAGUAUGGAGAAUAUGCUUCGUGAAUUGGAAGCCGUUCCAUUUAUGAAGAAAUUAUCGCUGUUCGAACGCUUUUCGGAUAUCGACCACGUUGAUAUCGCACUCUGUAUAUCGUUCUUAUUACUAGUCAUUUUUGGUAUUUUCGGAUUCUACAUAAUCAUUAAUGAGUUUUCGUAA